GCUGAGUACUGACCAAAUCAAAACUCAACCGAAGAGUUCCAGUGAGCUGAACUGGAAAAGAAAACUAAGAAGUUUGAUUAACUCAUUCACAAUCUCUUUUGGGGAGGAGGGAAGAGUUUAUUUAAGCGCUCACCAUGAAAAGCCUGGAUCUGUUCCUGCUGGCAUGCUGCCUAUACAGCCUGGGCACAUUGGGAGGUGCCUCUGAUUCAGAACACGCUCUGAUGAAACGCCUCUUUUCUGGGUACAACCUCAAGGUCCGACCAGCACGUACUCCUGAAGAGAGGGUGGUGGUUCGCGUGGGUAUGACCCUCUCGUCCUUCGUUGGACUGAAUAUGAAAAAUGAAGAAAUGAGCACCACUGUUGUCAUGAAUCUGCAAUGGACAGAUUAUCGGUUGUCGUGGAACAAGAAGGAGCAUAAUGAGAUUGAGGUGCUGCGUAUCCCCGCUGGGAAGGUUUGGCUUCCUGACAUUGUCCUGAUCAAUAAUAAUGAUGGGCAGUUUGAUGUGGCCCUGCAUGUCCAUGUUCAGGUGUAUAGUGAUGGCAAGGUAACCUGGACCCCUCCUGCUCUCUACUGCAGUUCCUGUGGAGUCAAGGUAACAUAUUUCCCAUUCGACUGGCAGAACUGCAGCAUGCAGUUUCGCUCCUACACAUAUGACUCGACUGAAAUUGACCUGCAGUAUGCAGUGGAUUCAAAGGGUCGGGAGAUCCGGGAAAUCCAGUUAGACGAGUCUUUCAGUGAGAGUGGUGAGUGGCACAUCAGACACAAGCCAAGCAGGAAGAACAUAAAUGAUGAUGGGUACGAGGAAAUGACUUUCUACCUCAUCAUCGAGAGGAAGCCUCUGUACUACAUCAUCAACAUCAUCAUCCCCUGCAUCCUCAUUACUAUCAUUGCCAUCUUCAACUUCUAUCUGCCUCCUGAUGCAGGUGAGAAGAUGGGUCUGUCAAUCAAUGUGCUGCUCACCCUCACUGUGUUCCUGCUGCUGCUGGCUGAUAAGAUCCCCGAGACCUCACUGGGUGUUCCCAUCAUUGUCAACUACAUUAUGUUUACCAUGGUCCUGGUCACAUUCUCUGUCAUCCUCAGCGUUGUUGUCCUCAACCUCCAUCAUCGCUCCCCCAACACCCACAUGAUGCCCAUGUGGGUCCGCAAGAUUUUUAUCCACAUGCUGCCUCCUUACCUGGGCAUGCUGCGGCCAAAAGUGGAGACCCCCCUGUCCCUGGAGACCCUACCCCGCCGGGAGAUGAAAGUUGUCACUAUCAGCAAAGUUGCUGAUGAAUAUUUCAUCCGGAAACCUGACUCGUCCAUUUUGUUCCCAAACCCAACAGGUGAGGCCAGGUUCCAGCCGGAUGGCAUAUGUACAGACCUGAGGAAGUUCAUUGAUGGUCCCAGUAGCUACCUCACACUACCUGAUGAGCUCAAGUCAGCCAUAGAGGCCAUCACAUACAUAGCUGAGGCUCUGCAGUCUGAGAAAGACUAUGAAGCGCUGAAAGAAGAUUGGCAGUAUGUGGCGAUGGUGGUGGACCGGAUGUUCCUCUGGAUCUUCGUCGUCUUCACCACUGUGGGCACCCUGGCCAUCUUCGCCGAUGCUAGCUUCAAUCACACCCCUACUGACCCCUUCACCCCUCUGAAGCAGAGGGACAUCUGGUUUUCUUGAAUCACCUUGAUGGAAUUUAAAAGCUCUUACUGUACAUGCAAAGCACAAAAAGUAGCUGUUUUGUUAUCACAAGUACAGUAUCCAGUCCAUCGCCUCACCGUAUACCUAAACACGGAAGAUACACUUUAUAAAUCACAGAAUGGAUAUAUCCCAUGCAGCCAGUCUUUCUGAACUACAGUUGCACAACUGCUUAAAGGGCCAGUACUGACAAACCGUAUGCAUUUCAUGGUGUUUUUCUACUUUUUCUUUAACGAUGUAGAACUUAAAAGUUUUACUGUGUCAGGUAGAUGUGACUUUUGUGUGUCGUUUUUUUGUUUGUUUGGUUGUUUUUUUUUCUUUCUUUUU